CAAAAAAGACAGUGGAUGAGGGAAAAAGAGAUGUGGAGAGAGAAGAGGAGAGCAAGAUGCAAGGAUCCGCUUCGCUGCUGUAGUUUGAAAGUCUCGCCAAGGGGACUUAGAAGAGCAUUGGUGGUAUAAAUACCCAGCAUAAACAGGAUUAAAAGAGCAACUACUGACUCCAUCAGAGAAGUGUGAAGUGAGAGAGACAAGCAGAGAGAGAGAUAAUAAAGUGUAAGCAUCAGGAGUGCUGUGUACUGCAGUGUGUCUCUGCACGCUCGCUUUACUACAACACUCAACUUGGGAGACAAGAAGCGUCACUUCUCUGAACUCUUUUACUGGAACACCAUCCCAUCGCUCUCUCUCUCUCUCUCUCUCUCUCUCAGUCAGAAACGCUCGUACACACAAAUGGAGAAUAUGUCUUGGUGCUGAAGUUCAAACUGGGCCACUGGAUUGAUCUAUUUUGCUCCACUCAGUUGCUCCAGUCCCACUGGACACGCACCCACACACAGACAACAUCGCAGAGUUCAGGAUCAGUGGAAGAGCACAGUCCAAGUACCACCAUGAGAGGUGAGGGGUGCUGGACACGACUCUGAGAGACUUCAUACGGCUGGGAGAGCGUGGCGCAUUCAAAAUACAGGUCCCCACAAGAGCUUUCUAGUCUCAGCUAGUGCUAUAAAUCAAUAGCCGUGCACUCUGAGUUCUUCAUCAAGACAUUUCUCCUCGGCUACAAACGGAAUGGCUUUCUUGAGCACUUGCUGACCAGAAGCCGCACUCCAGAGGAUUCUAUUUUUGUGGACGUCUGAAGUCUAUUUCGCACUGCGGCUCUGAAAACACACCGGAUGACUAAAACGAUAUAUUUAUAUAUAUGUGCAUAGCUGAUAAAGCUGAUAAGUCUUUCAACCACCUGUCAAUGUUCUUUUUUUACGCUUACGCUGACACUUCCUUCAAAGCUUUUGGCACUUCAGAGAAUAUUCCUAUCAGCUUUGGACUGUCUAAAUCGCAGCUAUUUUUAUUCCACUACAUAUUUAGAUAAACGUCUCCCACUACAGAAUUCUGUUCAAAACAUUUGUCUGAAUGAGUGAGAGCAGAAGGGAGGUUCGCGCUUAAAAUCUUCACUAUUUCACAACCUGUCUACAGUCUGUUGCUAAUCAUGGUUUUCCAUAAUCAGAAGUGACUUCCAUCUUUUUUCAUGCAAAAUGAAGCACAUUAGCAUAUUUAUGGGCUGAGAUAUAUCCAAACGUGUACAACGUGCUACAUGGAUCUUGCAUUCAGGCAUCAAGCGAAGGAAAAAAUAGCUUCUGACAUGUGAAGAAAAUGGAAUAUUCAAGAGCUCUGUGCAUUUAAACACAUAGACUAAAAUCACAGUGUCAACUUGGGAGGAGAUGGAGAAGCGUAUGAGUUAGUUUGCCUGUUAAGGUCAAUGCUCGUAUCUGUGUGAAAUCAACCAAAAAACUAUUUAAAUUGUUGUUACUGCUAUCAUAUAAAUGACAUUCAUAAGAAUAAAAUUGUUGGCCAUAUCAGCCGGAAAGCAUUAGUUGAUGUCAGAUCCAGAUCUCGGAAAAUGGAGAAUCUGGAUGAGCUAGAACAUCCAUUGUUGGGUGACAGCAGCCCCAAAAACUCAAGUGGAACAGUCACCAGUGGUAGUGGACUGUUCAAAAGCAUGUUGAUGAGAAAUGAGGAGGACAAAAGACUGCCCCCUCUGGACUGGAGGAAUUAUUGCAGUUCUACAGACAUUCAACAACAGCAGCUACUAGAUCCAUGUUCAUUGCCUAGCACUCUAGAGACUCUUUAUCCUCCCACUACCAUUUGGGCCGCUGCUGACUCCCUGGGCAUCCACAGUAAGGAGUAUCUGGAAACCACUUUUGUGGACAUUGGCCCUGGUUCACCAUUGGAAAGGAAGUUCCUGGCAGAGACGAGAGAUGUCCAUAGUGUAUCCUACAGCAUAGAAGAUGGGGAUGAUCUUUUGCCAGACUUUGAGGACUCCUCCAGUGAUGACUUCAGUGAUACAGACAGUGAAAGCAACUUUCCCAUCAUGAUCCCUCAAGAUUACCUGGGCCUGGCUUUCUUCUCCAUGCUCUGUUGUUUCUGGCCUCUGGGAAUUGCUGCAUUCUAUCUUUCCCAAAAGACGAACAAAGCAUCAGCACAAGGAGAUUUCCAGGGUGCCAGUGCGGCAUCUCGGCAGGCUCUGUGGCUCUCUAUCCUUUCAAUCGUGUUCGGCAUCAUCACUUACAUCUGCGCCAUCGCUGCCCUGAUCUCCUAUCUGUCCGGGAAACCACCUUAAAGACUACUGUAUCGGUAUCUUCUCUCAAUUCUUCCAGAAACGCACCUCCCUGGUUCCUAAUUACACAAACCGCUGCUCCUUACAUUCAUCUACACCUGUAAUAAGUACACUCAUUUGGCAGAGACACCAUCUUUGUAACAUUUUCUGCAAGUUCACGGCUGUCAUAUUAGAUGAAAACAAAAUGCAAAACACUACAUUUGGAAAGGGGGUAGUUUCAGCUGAAAUCUUAGUAUUUGGGUAAAAAAAAAAUGACACCCACUUCAGAAAGAGAGACCUGCGCUCUGUCUUGGCGCUUGUGUCUAAGUUGGCAGGGGAGGGAGUGAUUGAGGCCUAAGGGUUUGUUAGAAGGGAACUAGACAAGGACUGCGAGAUCAGGAGAUCACAAUGGACUUGGCUGUGAAACAGUGGGACGUGCCCUCCGAGACACAUGACUCGAGCGAACUGGGUCAUUUUCUAUCUGAGCUCUAAAGCUGGUCAUUGAUUCACUCUCCAAAGUGAA